AUGCAAGCACAGAAUGAAUCCAUAGACCGGAGCGUCUUCACCGUGAUCUCGCCUUUAAUUCAAGACAAAGGAAAAGAGCUACACUUGAAGAAGAAAAGGGCACAGUUUGUCACAGACCAUGAUGCCGUCCUGAAGCAGGAAAUCAAGCGAUGGACCUUACCAGCCUUCCUCGAAUCAUUCGCUCGACUGUCGCAAGCUCAUGUCUUCAGGUCCCCUAGGGAAGAACGUGUGUACUUUGGGGUGUCGCAGCAGACAGUCAGAUCCCAAGAAAAUGAUCCAAUGGUCGGACCUUCAGGAAGUGGGACCGCCGCGGAUGCUGUGGCAGACCCAGAACCAGCUCCAAGUCCUGGCAUACCAAAUGAGCCUGUCGAUGCAGAAUCCGACCCAAAGACUGAUGACACUGCAGUUGCUGACUCGGAUCCGGAGGACGCAAAGUCGUCGUUCCAGCCACAGGAAAUCAUUCUAUCGAUAAAAUAUUCCCAGCCGCCACUAUCUGCUUCGCUGCCCCAGCGAAUCCAACGGCCACUCCUCGACGACUUCCAAAAAGCCAUCGAGCAAGCAUGUUUCGAUUUCGCGGAGCGGCAGGUGCCCAGAGUUCUUAGCGAGAAGCGAUGGGAAUCGGCGGACGCUGUGGAGGUCACCAAAUGGCGCAGGAUAAUUCCACAAUCUCUGUGUGCCAUGUACAAGAAUGACAGCGAGGUUACACUGACAGGCAUGAGCAACAUGUUUCACAAAGCGUCACAGCUCCGCAAUGCCGCAGUCCAUCGCGAGCGUCUGUCAGUAUCCAAGCUCGACUACAUGCUCGAUGGCUCCGUUGUCCUGGCAGGGUAUCUCAGGGACAAGGACUGUGAAGACCGGUUGCGAAACGACAAGGAUCUGGUGCGGAAGUAUACGUCCGAGGUGGAAACAGACCAGAAGAAGCGUCUGAAAAUGUUCAAAAAGCAGGUCGACGAGAAGAAGAGGGAGUUUGAGAUCUGUUUGCAGCAGAUGGGGCAACAGGUUCUCGAGGACGAUGCACGCUUUUCCCACGCAGCUUACAAGCGGCUGGAGCAAGAGCUUCAGACUAGUAAGUCAGCUCGCAGUGGUAGGCUGCAGGAUCGUGUGGGAGUUCUUUGUCAUAGUCGUCCGUCACUGCGAGGUUACUGGGAAAAUAUGGCCGAGAUCAAUGUAAACAUUCUGUGGGACAGUGCUGUAUGGAUGGCUGCGAUUGGACUCGUGCUCAGUUUGUUCCUUGCUCCAAUUUUCGAGAUUUGGCCAUCGUAG